AUGGAACCCAUCAGAAAAGAGCAAACUUUAAACCAAAACCAGAUUCCCAUCCAGCCAUCAGACCUUAUCGCCAACCACUACCUUUCGUUCCACCCAAACGAUCAGAUAUCAGUUCCCUCUAGUCUCAACAUUGUUCACUUAAACAUUCGCUCGUUAAGAAAUAUCGUUCACCUUACUGAGGUCAAGGAACUAGUAAAGUUAAAUAAUAUCGAUGUCCUCACAAUUUCCGAAUCGUGGUUAAAUUCCUCAGUAACGAACCGUGAGAUUGCAAUCGACUAUUAUAAGAUCCACAGACUUGACCGGUUACACAAGAAAGGUGGAGGUGUCUGUGCUUAUAUCAAGAAGAAUAUUAAAGCAACUGUCUUAAAAGAUUUAUCGAAG